AUGAAAAAACCAAUUAUUAGUUUGGUAUAUUACAACAGAUCAUAUAUUGAAUUUGACACUGAAUAUCCAAGAUCAACUAAUUUCACCUUAUACGAUGAUUAUGAUUGUAAAAAUAUAAAGGAAGUUUAUUCAACUGAAUGCAACACUGAAAAAUGUGUUAUUAAAUUGGAUGAAAAUCAGAUAAAAAACUUUUAUGGAAAUUGUAUUCUAAGAUGCUAUAUUAUUCCUUCAGGCACAAGUUAUUGUAAAAAACCAGUUGAUACGAAUAGCUUCAUGUUUUCAAUAAACACUUCUCUCUCAAAAUUACCAUCAACUGAAGGGGGUAAAGUUCAACUUACUGGUAAUUAUUUAAGAAAUUAUGUUGAUGAUUAUUACAUUGUAGAAGGAGCUAAAUUAGGUAUGGAGUUUAAGAUUAGUGUUGAUAAAGAGAAUUUUGAUCCUGAAAAUUUAACUCUAAAUUUUCCCCCAGGUUAUGGAAGUUUUAUAUUGUCUCCAUAUUUUAUAUAUAAAAAGGAAAUGUAUUUAAACUAUGCUCCUCCAUAUAUUUCUCAAUGUAAUUACAAAGAUUCAAUAGUCACUUUAGUCGGUUUGAAUUUUUAUAUUAACCCGUCAGUAGCUCACGUCACUAUUAAUGGAAUAAAUGCAUCAAUUGCUUCAAUAGAUCAUCGUUUAUUAAAACUUAAUUAUGUUACUGAAUAUUCUCAAAUAUUAAAUAUAAAUGUUACCAUCGGGGAUAUUUCAUUAGAAAAUAGUUAUACAUUUGAUAUUAAACCACAACCUGUGUCGAUUAUUACAACUGUAUCAACUUCAAAAAUAAUGGAGCUAUAUGUCAUCAUCUCAAACAUCAAGGACAAAUAUGAAAUUGAAAGUACAACUGAAAUAAAUUUUAAAUAUGGUGUACCUCAUUUUACAUCAUCAACUGCAAUUCAAAUUAAUAGAACAAAUGAAUUUUCAAUAACUGGUAUUAACUUUGGUAAUAAUAAUGAAAUAAAUGGUACAAUUAAGCUUUUACUUGAUGGUAAAGAAAAGAAAGGAAUAGAAAUUACAUCAAUAAGUAAUGAUGAAAUUAAAUUAUCAUUCAAAUUACCAAAUAUAUGUGAAACAUCUGUAAAGCUAUCAAUUGAGGUUAAUGAUGUUAUUUCAAAUAAUAAUAUAACAAUAACACCACAACCUACAUUUAUAUUAGCUCCAUCAAGACCAUUAACCAAUGGAUCAUCAUUGCAUAUCGAUAAAUACUUUUCAUGUAAAGAGAUAAUUGUAAAACCAUCUAUUACAGUUGAUAAUUCUAAUAAUCACAUUGAUUGUACUUUGCUUUCAAAUACUGAAACAAGUUGUAAUGUUGGUGCUGGAACUGGUAAACAUUCAUUUAAAUUUUAUGUUGAUGGUAUUGAAAAAAUCAAUUCAUUAUUUGAAUAUGCACCACCAACACUUGUAUCACAUAUUGUCAAUGGAUUAAAAACAAUUACAUUAACUGGUAAUAGCUUUGGUAAUGAUUCAUCAAAAUGUAAUUUAACAUUUGCAAAUAAAAAUGCUACAUGUAAAGUUAUCAGUGAUACAACUAUUAAAUUCGAUGCAGAUUCACAAUAUGAUUAUGGUAAUGUUAAUCUUAUAAUCGAUAGUAUUCCAAUGUCAAAUGAAAACUAUAAAAUAAUGCUACCAUCAAUAAUUGGAUUGGUAAAAGAUAAUAAUAUUUCAACAAGAAAUGGAACAGUGUGUAUUAGUGCUUCAAGAUUACCUGAAACUAAAUCUGGUGUCAACAAUUCAAAUAAUGUCACAAUUGAAAUUAAAUCACAUUUAAAAGAUGGUACAAAUACAUUUAAAGAUUAUAAUGUUUCAAAUAAUAUGAUUUGUGUAUUAUUAAAUGAUGGAUAUGUUGGUACAUUUGAUUUAUCAGUAUUCAUUUAUAAUGAAUUCAUUUCAAAAUAUACAUUAUCAUAUAAUAAACCAUCAUUUAAUAAUAGUUUAAUUAAUAUUAAAGAUGGUGGUAAUAAAACUUAUCAGUUUGAAGUAUAUGGUAAUGAAUUCGGUGAACCAUUUGAAAUUCAUAUUAAUUCAUCAAAAGGUGAUUUAAUAAUGAAUUGUACAUUCAAUAUAUCAAUUCAACAUAAUAAUAUAAUUAUUAAUAACGUGUAUAAAUUUAUUAAUUUUUUUUUAAAAAUUUUUUAA